AAAAAUUAAGGAGUUCGUUAAUCAAGCACCUUCAAAGUUCGAUUUCCUAUCAUUAAUAACUUAUAAUAUGUGUAAAUUUACGUUUAAAUAUCGCAAAGCUGCCACUGUCAUACGUAAUUCACUGCGCCUAUACACAAAUAUGAUGCAAUACAGACGUAAAAAUGUCCAAAGGUUGGAUCUUUCUCUUGAGUGCGUACAAGUGGUUAGGAAAUCUAAGAGGAAAAUGGCAGAAAAAGUUGAUUACGGAAUUCGUGGUGCCCUUCAAGGAAUGAGGGUACAGAAAAAAAUGCUUGGACGAAAUUCAACGACCAUUUUUAUGUAGAAAGGACGGAAUAAUGACUCCCUUCGGUCCUACGGGGAGGAAGGUAGAACUAUACAAAUUCCAAUCGGUCAUAAUCAUCACAA